AUGACUGCCGAGAUUGAAACUCAUCUUUUCGAGACGACAAAAAGGGUGCUCGAGGGGGAUUUGGCAAAACAUCAACAAAUUUCAUGUAAAGCGAUCAAACCAACCGAUCAACAACGGCUCGCAAACACAGCGACACCGAUCUCGUAUGAUUUGUCUCUAAAAAUAAAUCUCCCUGGAUAUGGAGUGGAUUUCGCUGAAGAGGAGGCGUUGAAAACGAGUGGAUGUGUCGAGAUUAAGAUUUAUGUCCCAAAUGCAACAAAUUACCUCGAAUUGCACGCGAAGAAUCUUGACUUGAAAAGAAUCGCUCUUCGAAAUGAAACGAUCGAGAGAUUUCUACACGCCGAGUUCAACACUGAAGGGAAAGUGGCGUUGGGUGAUGGAGAGAUUAUCGAAAAUGGUCAUUAUUCGUUGUUGAUUGAUUUCACGGGUUGUGUUUCGAAUGGUCUCGGUGGACUGUAUCAAGCGCAUUUCAAAGGGAAAAAUGGAGAAGAUAGAAUUCUUGCCACCACGCAAAUGUGUCCGAUGGAUUGUCGAACGAUGGUGCCGAGUUUUGAUGAACCCGCUUAUAAAGCAACAUGGAAACUCUCGAUUUUACAUCCGAACCAGAGUCGAUCGAUCUCGAAUGGGGCUGAGGAAAAGAUCAUUGAUGUUCCCGGAUUGUCCAAUUGGAAGCUCACGAUUUUCACGGAAACUCCAAAAAUGUCAUCGUAUUUGUUGGCAUUGGUGAUUUGCGAUUUUCACUCGAUCGAGGCUCGAACUCAACGAGGCACAUUGUUCCGUGUCUUUUCACAAGAAGGUACCUCAAAGCAAGCGGAAUAUGCCCUCCAUGCUGGGAUCAAAUCGCUUGAAUGUUACGAGAAAUUGUUUGGAAUCCCUUUUCCAUUAGGGAAACAAGACAUGAUCGCUAUUCCUGAUUUCUCUUUUGGUGCUAUGGAAAAUUGGGGUUUAGUUACAUAUCGGGAAACGGCUCUUUUACUUGAUCCAGAAAUUGGCACUUCACUUGAAAAGACGAGAGUUGCUGGGAUAAUCGCUCAUGAGUUGGCACAUCAGUGGUUCGGCAAUCUUGUUACAAUGGAGUUCUGGGAUGAUGUCUGGUUGAAUGAGGGUUUUGCCACAUUCAUCACCUAUUUCGGUAAAGAAGCGAUUGAUCCAAACUUCCGAAUUUGGGAACAUUUUCUCGAUUUCGUUCAAUCAAUCGCUUUCAAUGUCGAUUCUCUUGCCUCAGCACAUCCACUUUCUUUCAAAGCCGACUCUCUUCAAAAAAUCGAGGAAAGUUUCGACAUUCUGACUUAUCGAAAGGGAGCUUCUGUGAUCAAUAUGAUUAUGAACACAAUUUCGAAAGAAAAUUUCUUCAAAGGACUACAGAAUUACCUAAAGAAAUAUGCCUAUUCGAACGCGGUUUCCAACGAUUUGUGGACUGAAUUUGGUCGAUAUUCCGAAAUCGAUUUUGGUGAGAUUUCUUUCGAGGAUUUUGCGAGACAAUGGACGUCACAGAUCGGUUUCCCAUUGCUAACCGUGGAAAAGCAAUCACCAGGGAAAUUCUCGAUUUCACAGCGUCGAUUCUAUCUUUCGAAAACUCUCAAUCCAAAAUAUCCAGAAGAUAGCUUUGACACAAAAUGGCACAUCCCCGUCUUCUACAAGAAUGGAAACGAGGAAAAGCUGGAAAUCUUGGCUCCAAAUGAUACGCUGAAUGUUGAAACGAAUGAUGGGCAAUUUCCCAUUGUGAAUUUCGGGGCAAAGAGUUUCAUUCGUGUCUCAUAUGGAGAUGAUGGAUGGGAAGAGAUAUUGAAGAGGAUCAAGAAUGAUGAAUUCGAUGUGAUCACUCGAGCCAAAAUGAUCAACGAUCUUUUUGCGUGUGCCCGAGAAGGAGCAAUCAAAUACAAAACGGCGUUGAGAUUUGACGAGUUGAUUUCGAUUGAAACCGAAGUCCUUCCAUUCACUCAAUUGAUCAAUGGUCUUUUAGAUGUCCAUAAGAGAUUCACCAAUGAGCCGGCACAAGCGCUCAUUAAGAAAGCACUAAAACAUCUACUCAAUCCACUUCUUGAUGGGAUUUCUUUUGACGAGAUCAUUCGUUUAGAUCGAGAGACGAUCACUAGCUUUAAAGCGCAUUAUUUUCUUCAACUAAUCGAAGCUGAAUGUCAAGUGGAUCGAGAGGGAAAUGCGGGCAGAUAUUUGAAUGAAUUCCGCAAAAAUGUUCUUCAACCAACUGAAAGUGGAGCGAUGGCGAGUGAGGGAAGCAGAGUCGGUCCUCUUCUCCGCCAACUCAUCUACACAACAGCGAUUUUUGUCGGAAAUGAUGAAGAUUUUGACAAAACUUGGGCACUUUAUUUGAAAGAAACAAAUCAAGCCGAACGAAAUAAACUCCUUUCGGCUGUUUGCAGUUCAAAGAAUUUGGAAAAGAUUCGAUGGAUUCUCCGCAAAUCAGUCGAUAUACAAAAUCGAGAAAUUCGACAACAAGAUAUUAAGAUCGUUUUUGCCGCUUUCAAUCAAAAUUCAGUGACCAACGGGAAAUUGUUGGAGCUUUUCUUUGAGGAAUUCGAUUUUAUCUAUAAAAAUCUUUCAACAUCUCCUCGAGAAUUGAAUGAUGUUGUAAUCGGAUGUUUAGAUACACUCACCAUACAACAAGUACAAAUGGUCCAAAAAUUCCUCGAGCAACAUCCAGAAGUGAAAGAGAUUGGAGCUUUCGAGAAACAGCUUGUUUCGGCUGAGGCUGAACUCGAUUGGAAACGACGUUUUGCUGGGGAAAUCACGGAAUUCUAUGAAAAGAGAACAACUGAG